UUACUCUUUAAACCAGCUGUAAACCUAAGCUUAAACUCCCUUUGGGCCGUUUCAAGGAUGCAAAUAACGGCUCACUUUAAAAAAGUGAAUGUACAAGUCGAGCAAAAGGUAGAAAAGUUUCUGUUGUUACACACACGGUGCGCUUGACUGACAUAGGGCAACUGCAAUUCUAAUAGUUUGUGAAAAAUAUCUAGACAUACAGGAUAGUGUUGUGCUUGCAGAUGUGCACACUAGUGGAUAGCACUGUGGCCUCACAGCAACAAGGUCGCGGGUUCAAACCCCGGUUGCCCCGUCCUUUAUGUGUGGAGUUUGCAUGUUGUCAGCAUGGGGUUCCUCCAGGCACUCUGGUUUCCCCCGCUAUCAAAAACAUGUUAGGUUUCUUCAAUCAGUGCCAUUAACCAGACACUGAUAAAGAUUGCACAGUGGCUGCCCACUGCUUCCUUGAGGGAUGGGUUAAAUGCUGAGAAUGAAUUUUGCAACAUGUAUGUGUCAAUAAAGUACCUUAAAUUAAACCUUUGACCUUAUGCAGACAUGUCAGUUAUGAAAAUUAGCUUGAGGUCUGUUUGAUCAUGACAUGUAGGCCUACACACACCUACUCUAACCUCUGGGUUUUCCCUGUAGCCUAAAGGUUUUGAAGUUUGAAAUGAAAAAAACUACGAAAGGAAAUCACAAAACUAGGGUAGCUUGAGAAAGACUGCUUAUUUUUCCCAGCACAGUCUCUGAGGGACUAUAAGCAUAAGCAACCAGCUUGCAAGAUAUGGGUUGAUUGUUUUAUUCAUUUGAAGUCACCUCUUUCAGACGAAAACUGUAAGUUUGUUUUACCAACCUAACUACUUUAAACUUUUUUACUUUAGACAACAGUGAGUUAUAAUUGUAUGUUUUUGAUGUAACAUGAAUCAAGCUUGCUGUCCACUGCAUCAGCACAGAGCGACUGUAACAUAAGUGUCAGGAGGUACAAACAUAUUGAGGUUUCUGUGAAGCUAUGGUCAGCAUGUUUUUCAGAGUAAAUUGAUGUCACAGUAUGUAACAUUUUGGGUUGAUUGUCUGCUAACAACAGCACUUUACUGAGAGCAUUGUUAAGCACAUUGAAGUCAACUGAGCCUUUGUGGCUACUGAAGUAGGGCACCAAAGUACUGAAGCUAAUGUUCAAAGUUUCUGUGUUUUCCAAAAUACCACCAAACUAGGUCACUUGCCUCUUUAAGAUGUGUCAUUUGUGCAACAAACAUCACUUUAGUCAGAUGCAUCUCACAAAGCAAGUUGUCUGACUAUGGCGAAAACUUUUUGGAUUGUAUCUUUAUAAGGAAACCUUAAAGGCACACAGACGGCAUGAAAUUCUGUGCAUGCGUCACACAGCUCCUAUGACUGGAGCUGCCUGUACUUCUGUAAAUGAUCAGCCCCAAACUUGCACUUGUAAAGAGAAGAAGAUCAGCAGAACUCCUCCUCAUGUUAGCCAGAGCAUCUCCUGUACACAGAUGGCUGAGCUGCUGAGUGGGUUCUAAGAGAUUAAGAAAGAGAUGAAUCUCUACUCAACAAUUUGGAGAUUCAUUAUGAUACUACAUUUUUCCAUUAAGGGUUGGCCUUUGCUCCCUGCUGGCUGCCAACAACUCAAUCGCCAUGGCCACGUGACAGUAGAACCAUCUCCGCUAUUCCUCAUCGGCUCAAACCUGACAGUGUACUGCCGAAUCAACAAAUGUGAACUAGGGGACAUAUCCCUGGUGCUAAAUAAUAAGCCUGUGGCACCUGGGAAGAGAGUCAACUGCACCAUGAUGAUAUUCAAUUUGGUCAAUGUCCGGAUACCAAAAUCUACCGUGGUGUGCAAGCUGACGAUGAAGAUUGUCGAUGGAAAGGACCUUCAUGGCGGGCUCCCUCCAGAUAAACCUGAAAAUAUUAUCUGUGAAACAACAAGGAGCUCAGAUUUUACAAACUGCUCAUGGGAGAGAGGACAGGAAACAUAUCUCCCCACUACCUACAACGUUACAGUCAACAGUGAAAAUGGGACCCAGAUACUUUCACAUCAGAAACAGGCGUCUGAGAAAAUCACCAUACCACGAGCGAAGAUAGAUGAAAACACUAAAUACCAGUUGAUUAUCACUGCUUACAACCACUUUGGAGCAUCACAGUCUGAUCCAUUCAUCCUCUGUGUAAAGGAUAUAGUGAUACCAGAGACCCCUCGUCUUAUGCAUAUAGAGUUUGGGAAUGACUCCACAGGAGCCAUGUUGCAUUGGAAAAGCACUGAAUCCUCAGAUCAUCUCAGAUCCUAUGUCAGGCUCCGCACAGAAAAUGGCUUCUGGAGAGCGGUAGAGGGUACAGAGCUCAGCGAGGGUCUGAUACAAAUGGUCGGCCUGAGGCCUCUGACUGAAUAUGAGUUCCAGAUGAGAACAUGUAAGUCAACAUCAAGACUGACAUAUGCCAAGAGACCCAUGACACCCUCCAGCAGAAGGUCGUUCUGCAGUGAAUGGAGUCCAUCUGUGAGGGGGAAAAGCCCUGGAAAAGGUCCAUCUCAGCAGUUGCAUGUGUGGAGCAUAUUAGGCAGCCAGAAGACAAAUGGGGAGCGGAUGGUGACAGUUUUGUGGAAGCCUCUAUCCCCAGAAGAUUACGGUGAGGUGCAACGGUACAGGAUCUUUCUGGGUAAUGACCAGAAAGAGGAGCGGCCCUGUGAUGCUGCUUUGAACCAAUGUUCAGUUCAGGUACCAGCUGAUGUCCAGGCGCUAAGCAUCAGUGCUGUCACCUUGUAUGGGACAUCUCCACCAGCGGAUGUGCCACUCAGACACUCAGGUGAUUUUCGACCUGUUUUGAGAAAGUUGACUCCUGCAGGAAACGGCAGUGCUGUGUUUGUCUCCUGGACGUCGCCAGGGAACAAACAUUGGUCAGCAUCUGGAGGAAAACUGCUGCAUUAUGUGUUAGAAUGGACACAUGUACCUGCACCUGUAUCUGUAUCUGUACUGUGGCAAAAACUGGCCAAAGAUCAAAACAACACAUCCAUCACAGGUCUGACUGCAGGUGUGAGGUACAGUAUCUCUCUGUACGCUGUGACCACCAGAGGUGUUAGUGCUCCAUCUUCCGGUCUGGUCUACUCCAAAGAACAGAAGCCAGGAUCCAGUCCCAAAAUGUCAAUACUGGUCCACAAAGCCAGGCGGAUCUGGAUCCAGUGGGACGAGCUGCCUGUAGACCAGCAGAGAGGCUUCAUCACACACUACACCAUCUAUCUCCACAUUCUGGACUCCAACAACACAGAAGUCAGCGUGACGGUGGCUGGCUCUGGCCCCAGAAAGAAGUGGCUGGACUGUCCUGAAGGUGCUCUGGCUCUGCAGCUGACCGCAUCCACUUCAGUAGGAGAAGGACCGCGGGGGAGCUGGAUCUCCUCUCGGCCUGCGACCCCUGUAGGUCAGUCUGUUGGCCUGGUGAUUGUGAUUGUCUUCAUCACGUUCUUCAUAGCGAUCAUAGCCAACCUAAUGUGCUGGAGUUGUGUGAGGGAAAGGAUCAAACAGAAAUGUAUAUCCUGGGGACCUGCCUGGUUUGAUGAAAACUUACCAAAACCAGGAAACAGUCUUGCCAUCAGACUACUGGAGCAGUAUGGAAGUGAACCGUCAUUCCCGUCCUCCUGCAGUGACCCUCCGCUGUCCCCCAUCAGUUUUCUCUCCCAGGACGAGAGGGACGACGAGAUGAUGUAUCCCAACAUCCACGUCGAAAUUUCACAGGUUGGAUCUGAACUACCCACAUGGGAUGCACCAUUGUCAGUGUCAGAUACUGGGACAACCCUUGUUGACAGCCGGCUGGAACAUGUCAGCUAUAAACCCCAGAUUGCUGUGGUGGCUUCACAAGGAGAGGAGGUGAAGCAGACAGACGAAGAGCAGAGGGAUGUACCAACAAGUGGAGAAGAAGAAAGAUGUUCAAGUGCAUUUGGAGGAUUACUGAGUGGUUUACUAUCCAGUGUGGAGUUAGAUUUCUCUGAUUCACCUCUGGGGCUGACUCUCUGCUCUGUUGGCAGUGUUUUGCAGCCUACAACUCCUGAAACAAAGAGUGUCUUGGAUGGUGGCUUCUCAAUGGGACAGAGGUUGGCAGAGAACAAUGUGGAAGCAGCCUCUGCCUCUCUGGAUUUACAACCGGGUGAAACAAUGACUCCUGACACAGCAGACACAUGUUUAUCUCUGUAUACUCUUGAGACAACACUUACAGGUGGUUAUUUCCCUCAGGUAGCUGCUGUUAGCAGCACUACAACCUGUGAAGCACAGAGGUAGCAGGGACAGUGGGAAUGACACAAACAGGACAAUCUGCGCUACUUAACUGAUUUUCAAGAAAGCAUUAUUUAAGCACUAUCUCCCUUCUAGUGAUGACCUUGUUUAGUCAGAUAUGAUAUGUGACUAUAAUCAGCUCUGUUAAAGGCCAAGAUAAUAAAUUAAUAUGAAAUGUGUAUAGUGAGUUUGAUUUAAUGCCAUUCUGGUAAGUGUGUAGCAAUACUAUUUAUUAUUUAUUUAACAUAUGUAACGCUAUGUUAAAUAAAUAAUUUAUUAAUCCGUUAAAGAUCAGCAGUAAAUAACGAGGACAAGAUUUGGGUUGUCAUUGUGGAAAAUCCUUUUGGCUGGCUUAUAUCUACCUACAGCAGAAUGUCCUCAGUCUUUUCGUAUGUCUCUGUCUGGACAGCAGUGUCUGUCAGUCUGUCCCUCAACUUUAGCUAUGCUCUGUGUUUAAAUAGCAAAUGUUAGCAUGUUAACACAUUAAACUAAGAUGGUAAAUAUGGUUAAUAUUAUAAUUCCUAAACAUCAACAUGUGAACAUUGUCAUUCUGAGCAUGUUAGCAUAUUGUCUGUAGCAUUUAGCUCCAAGCAACAUCACACAGCUGCUAGCAUGGUUCUUAGCCUAUAAAGUUUGUUCUUGUUUUGUUUCCUGUUUUAUUUUGUUGAAUCCUUCCUCAUUUGUACCUCUGACUGUGUGUGUGUUUGCUCAUCCUCUGUAUUUGAUUAUGUUUUCCUGUGUUUCCUGUUUUACUUUGUGUUGAUUGUAGCUCCACCCUUAUUGUUUCCAAUAAUAAUGCAUAAAAACACUUCUCCAUGGGAAACACUUCUGGAAUAAAUUGUUGAUAAAGCUG